ACAGCAUUUGUAAUUUUUUUCGGCAGAAAGGAAACGUGUUACUAUAUUUAUAAAGCCUUUUUUCGCCUCACCGAAACGGUAGAAUGACAAAAUUUAAAACGUUCAUUUAAUAUGGAUUUUAACUCGAGGAAAAAGAAAAAGAAAAAUAAUAAUAACAAUGACAUAUACAAUGAAAAUAUAAAUAUAUACCUAGAGGAAAAUGACAACUACAUACUUGACUUGGAGAAGAAGGUUCAGACCCUCAAACUGCUUGGAUCCAACCUGAGAGAUGAAGUCCGCACAUCCAACUCCCUCCUGGAUAAUUUGUCGGACAGGAUGGAAAACGUGAACAGAAAAUUAACAGGAGUGUACAGGCGCGUGAAAAAUAUUAUAAAGACAAAGGGAAAUAAAUACAUGUUUUACCUCGUCCUGUUCUUCCUAUUUUUGCUAUUUUUUAUGAACUACUUAUAUCGGAAGAAUAGAUAAAGUGUGCGUUUGCGGAUGUCUUCAUCUGCUUAGUGUUACGUUAGCGUAGGCACCCGAGCAAGUGUUACUUUUAAAGGAGAUCUCCCCUUUUAAUCCCCUCCCGUGAAUUAUUUGGCGCAGUUUGCGCAGCUAUGGCUGUAUAGUUUUUUUUUUACGUCCCCGCCGGAGCGUGUGUAGAUAUACAUAUAUGUAUAUAUGUGUACACACGCGCGUAAUUAUUUACAUAAAUA